CACAUGGCUGCCGUUGUAGCAGCUUCAUCAUCUGAUACUAGUCUAUUCGAUAGCAGCCAUCAGCGUCGGAACAAUCGUCAAUCAUUCAACCAGCACAGUCAUCACAGUCAGCGUCAUCAAUACUACCAUCAUCACCAUUACUGCAACAGCCACUACUACCAUCACCGGUCCACGCGAACCAUUAACCGGGGUGGUGGGGGCCGGCGGUCCGUCCUCGGUCACCAUCAGGACUGCUGUGAGGGGGGAAACUGCAGCGAGGAAACCCUCGGCAUGGGAUGUAGCAGUAAUCUAAACAAUCACGGUAACGGUAGCAAUACAAACAACAACAACAACAACAACAAUAGUUGUCAUCAAAGCGACGGCGGUGGCGGAGCACCGACCGGUGGUGGUGGUGGUGGAGGAAGCGUGAGAAGCAGUGGCAGUGGCAAGCGUUGCACUUUUGCGGCAACCACGACCACAAUUCCCAACAGCAGCAACAGCAGUGGUGGCGUCGGUGGUGGUGGUAAUGGAGGAAAUGGUUCCCGAUACGGCAGUCGAAAGCUGCCACCACCCCGUAGCUCAGCGCUGGUGAACCGAGGAACGCGGGAACUGGUACAAUUUGAUGACAAUCCACACAUCACAGUGCACAGUCAGAGCUCAAACAGCAGUACGUCGUCGUUGAGGAUUCUCGAGUGAGUUGUGAGAGUAGAUUUCGAGGGUUGAAUUAUGAAACUUUUCAGGGCCAGAAUUGUACGGGGAAAAGGUGUUGUGAAGAGCUUUUGGAAGUUGCCAACGAGUGCUUGGUAGUUUGAUUUAGCGACCAUGUCAGUGCUGGAAGGAGGGGGGGGGGGACAGUACAUUUACGAUUGUGCGGUUUCAAUAUUCCGUGACAAGUCCGGCGUUGAUCGUAUUCAAAGGAAGUUAGUGUGUAUGUGUGCUGGACGAUGGUUUUCCAAGUGACGAAAUUCUAAUCAGCGUGAAACCAGCGCUGCCCUGUACUUUCCAGGGACGAUCAAAUUUUGAAAAUUGCCUUAGGUUGAUGCUCAUGAAAAGUUCCUAUUAUUGUUAUCGUUGCACACUUUUGACUCGACCCAGUGUUUAGUAAUUAAACUCUAACAUUUUGGUUGUUUUUUCUUCUAGCAGAUAGCAGAUAGACUAAUUCAAUUUCAAUAUUCCUCCAUAAAGGGUCUCCUAAUCUAAGAAAAAAUGCAGAACAUGACCAACAAUCGAGUCAUUUGCCUUGGUCGAGCAAGGGGAAUAUCAGUCCAUCAGGAGCGUGACAAUCACAAAUUGAAAUGCAAAUUAAUCCCUCGCUCCGCCUUCGGCACCAUGGAAAAUGUUGAGUUCAACAGAAACACGCAGACCAGCGGAGCAGUAUUUUAGCAAAUUGACAGAGUGAAGAAGUCUGAUUUCUUUUGUCGAAAAUAGACGACUACGAGAGAACAAUGCUUGAGUAAAUAAUGAUAAAUGAAGUAAAAGUUUAUGGUUAAAAUACACUUUAAGGCGGGAUUCAGGACGAGUGGCUAUUUUCAAGCACAUUUGACACUAGAGGAAAAUUUCCUCUGUCUGUUUAGGUGAGUAUCAUGUCAACCACAACUAGGUUAUGUUCAAUGGCUACUUUAAAAAAAUUGAUAGUGGCCACGUCACACUGCACUCGUGGGUAACCGUUAUGAGCUGAAUUUGACUGUUAUUGCAAAUCGUUUCCAAAAUCAGCAUCUUGACUAGGGGGGUGACCAUAUCAGGAAGUACAAAAAUCCCAGGACAGUCAAAAAAAUAUAACUCCACCCCCUCCCCAUUUUACCUCUCGCUCGAACAUACCUGACAAAAUUCUUCCUAGGUUUGCAGCUUGGCAGACAGAGCUCGGCCGGAAUGUCUAUCCUAAGAAUUCGAGCGCCGUACGCUUCUUCGGAUUAACAUAUACACGCAGUUCUUGAUACCCCACCAUCAGCAAAGUUUUCAAGCUAUUAUUGGAGAAAUCUGCAAUCUUUACUUGAGCGGAUAAGAUGACAUAUUUUGAGAUCGUUUGCGAAGAACCGGGCAGAUGUCUUCAGUCAUUGAAGUAAAGUAGAAAUAUCAACGCUCUCAAGUAGCUUCCCUGGGGUAUUUCUGACGUAGUAGUAAAAACAAAUAUUUGGCCAACAUGGACAUAGUCAUGAGAACGCGGAUGUCGAGAUCGGCCGUAUCGGAAGCGCAAGCUGUCACCCAAAAGCAGCGGCUGACGGUACUCGUCAACGGUAUCUUCCCUGCGAACCGCAACAUGGUUUUGCAACAUAAAUUUGCAUCUAUAGAAAGGAUGUUGAAAAGAGACAUUCAACUCCAAGUCAGCAAUAAUCCUCCUGGACGUAAGCCAAAAUGUGUGUGCAAUUUCAAUUUCCAUCAGUUCGAGCGAAAAAACGUGUUGUCGUUUUGUUCGUACACAAGUUUUUCCUUUCCAACUUGACGAAAUUCUAGAUUAUUUCGGAUUGAUAAUAAUUCAGCAAUUUUUAGCGACUUUGGAAACAGCCAAUUUCUAUUUUUUUUUGCUUUUAUCCAGAUAUAAGUUUCCCCCAAUUGAAUCGGAACUUUUUGCUGUAACUAGUUCCGCCUAACUAUUCGGUCUGGUAGGUAGUGCAUAACUCUAACAGUCUCUAAAAAAUUCAACCAUUAAUCAUUCAUGGAACUGCACCGCUUUCGUAUACACUGGUCAGCUAGCUUAGUUGGUAUAUCCAUAUCGAUGCUCUGCUUGGCAGUUACAUUCAUAUUUCAAUUUUACUUUGUGUGGUAUUCCUCGCAACUGGGUUGGGUGGAUAACAGUACUGGCUCAGAAAAAAUCGUUGUCCAAUAAAAAACAUCAACUUUUCUGUUACUAAUGACGAAUUCCGCGCUAAAUCGUAUUCAGAGUUGGCACCACCCUCUCAGAUUUUAAUGAAACUUUCUGUACAUGAAGACUUUGUCACAAAAAGCCACUUUGCAUACUUUGUUUUUCCAAAAAUGAUCCAGACUCUCAUUUAAAAAGGGUCAAACUUUUUUACCAA